UUCGUGUCGUCUGCUACCACUCGUGGAUCGUUCGCUACGACCAGCGAGCGUUGCGUCGUCUGCUACCGACGCCGCACGGGAUUUUGGAUUCGUACCUUCUCGGACUUCACAAGCGUCAGCACCGACAAACAGAGGCAUAUCUCUCCAGGAUUCGACGUGAAAUCGUCGACCCUCGGUCAUCUGGGAGCCACGUGUGUCCGGUGCAAGAAGGGGUAGCCCGGGCCGCCGAGCCAGGUCCAGUCGACCGAUCGUCGACAGUCCCCGCGGCGGGCAGGAGCAUGGAGGUGGAGCAACAGCCGGCAGACCCCAGCGCGGGAGGCCCCCCGGCCUUCGACGCCUUCCUGCAGACAGGUCGCACUGGGCGUCGUAACGCCCUCCCGGACAUACUCGAGGAGGGCGCCACCAACGUCAGCACCGCGUCCCUGCCCUGCAGUUUCCAGAAUCUGUCCUGCAGCGAUUCCCCAGCAGGCACCAGUGCUGGUGGCUCCUCACCAUCACCGGACAAGCCAUCGACAUCGGAGGGUCCUCCCAAGUCUUAGUGUGCAAGAAUCACUACUCAGAACUCUGGUGUCUGUGUCACCACUUACAGAUCACUUCUUCCGGGUUGAUGCUGGCGUGCUUCCUCAAGAGUGCAUCUGGGCCUCAGAUCGGCGUAAUCGACUGUACCCAAACAGUGGGAACGCCAUAGCCUACGUGCAAAAUACCCGCCGUCAGCUGGUGUAAAACAUCCAAACAUGUGGCACUUCUGCAAAUGCUGAAUGCUAGCAACUGCAGUUUUUUUUCUUUCUCUCUUACAAUGGAAUAAGGGAAAUUAGGCAUUCAUUUUCAGACUUUGAAAAUUCAAGUUUUCUACCAUAUCAAUGCAUCAAUCUUUGGAACAAAAAAAAAGAAAAAAGGAAGAGGCUAGAUGAAGCAAUGCAUACUAGGUCGACUUCCAAAACAUCAUCAGCUAAAUGUCGGGAGGCUGCCAAGCUAAAGAGGCAAUUCAUCGAAAACACCAAACAGCAUUGGCAGACGAUCCAGUCGGUCAGAAACUUAGACCAAAGCGGGCAUCUUCACACUGCUACUACCAGCCACAGUUCGGCAUCGGGGUCGUCGUAUCGGCUAUGGUCACCGACGGCGUGAGAAUGGCCAGGAAAGAGCUUCAGUUUUCCCGCCUCCAGCGCGAGCUUCGUAUGCCUCCGGCAAUGCUCCGCAAUGCUUUGGCACCUUGUGCACCUCCAGCACAUGUGCACGGCCAAAGCAUAGCGGAAGGUAUGAAGCCCGUGCUGGAGGCCGGUUGCUUGAAAUAUACUCCCUGCAGUUCUCGCUCUGUCGGUGACAAGAGCGUACACGACACUUGUUUUCCGAGUACCUCCUGGCACGUGGCCCCGGAGCCCAAAGUAGACCCAACCUUUAUUUCCUUGUUGUUGUGUUAGUGUAGCUCUACUCUGCUGUUGAACCUUGCGUUAUUUAUUUUAGUGUUUCCUCGUGGGUGCUGUGUGACCUUCCGAGUCAUUCACGCGGGUUCUUUUGCUAGAAAUGUACAAACUAAAGAAGUGUGCAGACGGUUACGGUUUUUGCUCGAUGCCAGUAGCAAGUAGGCACACUCCGGGUUUGUUCUUUCUCGUGUUCUGUGACGCACCUCUCGUAGUUGUACGGGCCCACAAAAGAAUGUGGCUGGCCGUCUUACUAUGUGUCGUACGGGUGUCUCCGCGAAAACGCGUCCUUUGCGAGAUUUGAUUCGCGAUGUCUAUGCGAGUGUGUGUGUGGCACUAACAUUCCUAGAAUCAAGAAAAGGGAAGGCUUUUGUAGGAGGAACUCGGGGCAUUUGCAUAGCGGUGCUGUACUUCACAAGGCCCGAAAGUCAUGGAUGCGCGUUUUGUACGAGACGAGAGGAAUAAAAUUCUUUUCCAUUGGUGUGACUAAAA